GAUACAGCAAUGGAAAAAAACAAUAACAAAUCACGGAACUAAAAGUUAAAGAACAAAUGAAAGAGAAAUGUUAUCAAGUUUACAAUGUGGCAGUUUGCGUGAGACAAAUGGCAUGUUUUCAGUCGGUUGUGGAGAUUAUAUGUGGGGAAGUGGCAUAAAAGGCGGUUUUGUUCGGCUAUUUUAUCCAUGUGAAGAGCCGGACAAAAGUGAAUUCAACAAUGGUAGAACGACAGCCAAAAAACCUCUUUGGUUAGCCCAAAAAGAAUACGCGGUUGGAAUGAUCAAAUACGCUAAACUACCUUCAUGGCUUUUAGGAAACGCUUUCUAUUGGAUUUUAGGAAGAGUUCAAAUGGACUGUUAUUGGAACAGUUCACUGUAUCUGAGCGAGAGCUUGCCAGAUGAAACUGACCAGAACAAAGAAAAUUUCUUGAAGAAGUUUCCAUGCGUUCUGUUUUCUCAUGGUUUGGGUGGCAGUCGAUUUAUGUAUAGCAGUUUCUGUCUUGAACUUGCUUCCUAUGGCUAUGUUGUAGCUGCUAUUGAACAUAGAGACAAAUCAGCAUCAGCAACUUAUUACCUUAAAGAGAAAUCUGCAAAUCUAAUUGAUCCAUUAUGGGUUCCCUACCACAGACCUAAAGAAAAUGAGGACGAAUUUCAACUGAGAAAUAACCAGGUCCAUCAAAGAGCAAAGGAAUGUAUGCAGACAUUAAAUUUUCUGGAACAAUUGAACGAUGGAAAACCACCAAAAAAUUUAUUGGGAGCGGAAUUUGACAGUCCACAGUUUAAGGAUAGGUUAGAUCUCGAUAAAGUUACUAUGAUGGGUCAUUCAUUUGGUGGAGUAACGACGAUAGCAACUCUUGCAAAAGACAAACGAUUUAAAUGUGGAAUAGCAAUGGAUGCGUGGAUGUUUCCACUUGGAGAUGAGCUUUACCAUCACACAAUUCAUCAACCAAUUUUAUUUAUCAAUACGGAGACCUUUCAUUGGAAGAAAAAUAUAAAACAAAUAAAAGAACUUUUAAAUAACGACAAUGUUGAAAGAAAAAUGGUGACAGUAAAGGGUACAAGUCACGUCACCCAAAGUGACUUGCCUUCUAUUAUCCCGUCUGCGGCCCUGCGAUUUCUGGGCGUAGACCCGCAAGCUUUGGAUGUUGGCAAAACAAUAGACAUUAACAGAACUCUCAUAGCCACUUUUAUAUCGAAAUAUUUUGAACUUGGCAAAGAAUUCGGUGACUCGAAAAUAUUGACAGAGGAUUCCGAACACGUGAUCAUAGGAAGCAAUGUUGAAGUUUAAUCUAAAAUUACUCACAAUAAUGAUAUCAUAAAAAUGACUACUGUAUGUAUUCAUACGAAUAAGAAAUUUCAUAUAUGCUAAA